AUGCCUCAGACAUUCACGCACGCUUUCGAUACGCCCGUCUUCAAGGGAAAGGUCUCGUUCAGUACGGGCCUCUUCAUCAAUGGCAAGUCCGUGGACAGUGUCGAUGGGGAAACUUGGGAUGUUAUCAACCCGACUACCGGGAAAGCGACGACUACGAUCGCUAUGGGUAAUUCAAAAGAUGUCGACGUCGCGGUGAAGGUCGCCCGCGAAGCAUACGAGACUCGCUGGGGUCUGAAUGUACCCGGAUACGAGCGAGGGAAGUUGCUUAUGAAGCUGGCUGAUCUCAUGGACGAGGUCCAUGACGAACUCGCAGCGCUUGAGGCGCUUGAUAAUGGCAAGACCUUCAGCUGGGCUAAGAAUGCCGACGUCCCAGGUGCAAUCCAGACUAUCCGGUACUUUGGUGGCUGGGCGGACAAGAAUCAAGGCAAAGUCAUCGAAACCGAUGAGUCCAAGUUAGCAUACACUCGUCACGAACCUCUCGGUGUCGUCGGCCAAAUUAUCCCAUGGAACUUCCCUCUUCUUAUGCUCUCAUGGAAAAUCGCUCCAGCGCUUGCAACGGGAAACGCCAUCGUCCUUAAACCAAGCGAGUUCACUCCUCUUUCCGCAUUACGCUUAGUCGACCUUUUCCAAAAGGCAGGGUUCCCUCCUGGUGUUAUCAAUAUUGUGAAUGGUUUCGGCAACACCGCUGGUGUUGCGAUCUCUGAGCACCCUGGUAUUGAUAAAGUUGCAUUCACGGGAAGUACACUUGUUGGAAGGAAGAUCAUGGAGGCUGCUGCAAGGACGAACUUGAAGAACGUCACACUGGAGCUAGGAGGAAAGAGCCCUAACAUCAUCUUCGACGACGCGGACGUCGACCAAGCAGUUAGUUGGGCAAUCCAUGGAGUCUUCUGGAACCAUGGCCAAUGUUGCUGUGCCGGAACUCGUGUCUUUGUCCAACAGGGCAUCUACGACAAUUUCCUCCAGAAAUUCACUGCAAAAGCUCAAGCGCUCAAAAUUGGUGACCCUUUCGGUAAGGAGACGUACCAGGGACCUCAGAUCUCGCAAGUCCAAUACGAUCGUAUCAUGGGCUACAUUGACUCCGGGAAGAAAGACGGUGCAACGCUCCACCUUGGCGGCUCACGAAUCGGCGACGAAGGGUACUUCAUCGAACCUACCAUCUUCACUGACACUCGGCCAGAUAUGAAGAUCGUUCGUGAAGAGAUCUUUGGGCCUGUUGGAGUUGUUAUCAAGUUCGCGAGCGAAGAUGACGUGAUUAAGCAGGCUAAUGAUACGCAUUACGGCUUGGCUGCUUCGGUCUUCACCAAGAACAUCGACCGUGCGCUGCGCGUCACCCACCGUCUCCAAGCCGGUACUGCAUGGAUCAACUGUACCAACCUGACAAAUGCCCAGAUUCCAUUCGGUGGAUACAAGCAGUCCGGAAUUGGGCGCGAGAAUGGCGAAUACGCAUUGGCAAAUUACACUGCCGUCAAAGCGAUUCACGUCAACAUCGGAAUGACGAUUUAAAAGACAUCUGUUCAUCUUCAAAAAAUGAAAGUAUUUACGCGUGUUUUCAAC